AUGGAAGAUGACAGCAGCAGCAGCGCUGGUUAUGUUGGUGUCGGUGCUAAUGAUGGCAGCAGCAGCAAGUCUGGGGCCCGGGAAGGGGGAGUAGGAGCACUUUGGGGCCUAGCCCGGCGUGGCAUGGAAAAGCAGGAGGCAGCUGUGGCAGCCCAGGCUGAGCAGGUGCAGCAGUUCCAGAGCCUCGAGGCCAUGGCCUGGCCUGAUGCAUCCUGGGAGGUGGAAUCAGCCUGCCAUGUGCAGUCGGAGCGAGUGUGGCCUGGCAUGGCAUGCACAGUGAGGAGAAGAAGAGAGCUCUGGUUCCCUCAGGACCCCACUGGGUGCCACUGGCAGCUUCCAGAUGACUUGGGCCCCUGUCCUGGGGAAGAAACGGCUCGCGUCCCGGUGCUGACUGCUGAGGAGGGAGCUUCCUUCCGUGCGGGUUUCUCCACAGCGCGACUGCUCCAGCAUUUUUCCUUCAAGUGCCACAGUCAGAUUCAGGCCCAGAACCUGGGCAUGGCCAUGGAAGCGUGGAACGAGGAAGAAAAGGCGGUUUGGGGAGACAGCAGCGAGCUGCUAUGUACUAAGCCGAUCCCUUGCUAGCUCACACACUUCUGGAACAAUGAGAACGGCAACAAGUACAGGAAGGAGUAUUUCUCCACAUUCCCAGGUAUCUGGGCUCAUGGUGACUGCAGAAUCAACCCCAAGACCGGCGGCAUCAUCAUGCUUGGCUGGAGCCCUGACCUCUUCUCUCCUUCCAAUGACGGCACGCUUAACCCCAACAGGGUGUGGUUCGGCAGCCUGGAAAUCUACAACGUCGUGGACUCCUUCAAGGAGGUGGAGGACAGCCUGUGUGUCCCCCAGUAUAACAAGUACGGGGAGGAGAGGGUGAUCCUCUUCCUGAAGAUGGCCUCCGGGCACGCCUUCCAGCCUGACUUGGUGAAGAGGAUUCAUGACACCAUCCACAUGGGCUUAUCUGUGCGCCAUGUGCCCAGCCUUAUUCUGGAAACCAAGGGCAUCCCGUAUACGCUCAAUGGCAAGAAAGUGGAAGUUGCCGUCAAACAGAUCAUCGCUGGAAAAGCGGUGGAGCAACGAGGUGCUUUCUCGAACCCUGAGGCUCUGCAUCUGUACUGGGACAUCCCUGAGCUGCAGGGCUUCUGA